CAAGUCUGCGCUGAGAAUAAACUUAGCAUUCCUACACCCUAACCACUGCUCCCCAACCUUCCAUCAUAAAAUCUGACACUUUAAGUGAUUUAGUACCCUUGCAGCCAAAAAGCUCUGCCAAUGUUGCUCGCCUCAUUCAUAAUAUUCUUUGCAUAGGUGGGAAGGGAAGGAAGCUGUCACAUAAAUAUGUUUCCGCGAAUAGAUUUCGAUGGGAGGAGUUUCUGGCCCGCGGGCGUGGGUAGACGCAAGCACCUUCAACACGUUUCACUUGCUCACUAAAAGAAAACCGUCCAAGACACCGACGGCUGGAUGACGCGGUGAAUGGGAACGUCCGCCCCACUCACUCGCAUCUGGGAGCAUAGGAGAACCGGACCAGGCGUCGGCAAGGGGGGAUGGCGAGGACUGUGUCAACGUGUUCGCCCCACUGACCGGAAUUACUCUCCAGAUAGUCACUGCAACUUAAAAACAAUUGAUUGUCCUGGAAGGAGUCAGGCCGUAGUGCUGAAGUAGUGACGGGGGUCUGCAUCCAAAGACAAGAAUGCCUAUCCUGGAGAAGCAACCACCCCAAGGCCGCAAGGCCUUGCCAAAGGUUCCGGUCCCCCCCCUGCACCAGACACUGGAUAUGUACAUGCGGUGUAUGAGGCACCUGGUGCCGGAUCAGAAGUUCCGGGACACACAAGACAUCGUGGAGAAGUUCGGAAAGGCCGGAGGCAUCGGCGAGAUGCUCCAGAGAAAAUUGCAGGAGCGGAGUGAUAGAACAGAAAACUGGGUGUACGACUAUUGGCUCCGUGAAAUGUAUUUAAACAACAGAUUAGCGCUGCCAGUAAACUCCAGUCCUGUCAUGGUCCUCUCUAAGCAGCCCUUUAAAGACAGGAAGGACUCUCAUAGAUACGCCGCUCGUCUCAUUGCAGGAGUCCUGGAGUAUAAGGCAAUGCUAGACGCAGGGUCUCUGCCCGUGGAACUGGCCCGUGGGCAGCUGAGCCCGGGAGUGCAGUGGGACCCGCUGUGCAUGGAGCAGUACUCCAGGAUCUUCAGCUGCUACCGCCGGCCCGGCCCCAAACAGGACACGCUGCUGGACCACAAGACCAGCGCCAGAGCCCAGUCAGAGUACAUCAUAGUGGCCUGCAAGAACCAGUUCUUCGUCUUGGACGUAGCGAUGAAGUCCCGUAAACUCAGCGAGACGGAGCUGCUGACCCAGCUGACGCGCAUCUCCAAGAUGGCGGAGAACGCGGAGGAGAGGCUCCCCGCCAUGGGCCUCCUCACCUCGGACGGACGCACCGAAUGGGCUCAGGCCAGAGACAUACUCAUGAAAGACGCCACCAACAGAGAAACGCUGGACGCGAUCGAGCGGUGCGUGUGCGUGGUGUGUCUGGACGAGCCGUGCGGCGUGGAGGCGACGGACUCUAACCGAGCCAAGCUCAUACUGCAUGGCGGGGGUCAUGACAAGAACGGGGCCAACCGCUGGUACGACAAGCCAAUGCAGUUUAUAGUGGGAGCAGACGGUGUGUGUGGGGUGGUGUGUGAACACUCUCCAUUCGAGGGGAUCGUUCUGGUGCAGUGCACAGAGUACCUCGUGAAAUACAUAACGGAGAGCUCCAGUGAGCCAGGGGCGCCAGCCAGUGUCUCGGACCUGCCCCUCCCCCGCCGGCUCCAGUGGAAGUGCUCUCCGCAGAUCCAGGGGCUGCUGGCCUCCUCAGCAGACAGCCUGCAGAGGCUGGUGAGAAACCUGGACAUGGAUGUGCACACGUUUAAUUCUUAUGGGAAGGAGUUUAUCAAGAAGCAACGGAUGAGUCCAGAUGCCUUCAUCCAAGUGGCCCUGCAGCUCGCCUUUUAUAAGUGUAAUGCGCGGGAGGUGCCCACCUAUGAGAGUGCCUCCAUCCGUCGCUUCCAGCAGGGCAGAGUGGACAACAUCCGCUCAGCCACACCCGAGGCCCUGGCCUUCGUCAGGUCCAUGACGGACGAGCUGGGCCUACACACCGACUCCGUGAGGAUGAGUCGCCUGCGAGACGCCAUCAAGGCUCAAACGGACUUCACUGUUCUGGCAAUUACAGGGAAUGGCAUAGACAAUCAUUUGCUCGGACUCCGAGAGAUCGCUCAGGAACUCGGCAUGGACAGGCCGGAGAUCUUCAAGGAUGAAACCUUCCUGUUGAGCAACCAGUUCAUCCUCUCCACCAGUCAGGUGCCCGCCACCCUGGACAUGUUCUGUUGCUAUGGCCCGGUGGUUGCCAACGGCUACGGAGCCUGCUACAACCCCCAGGCCGACAACAUCCUCUUCUGCGUGUCCAGCUUCCGCGAGAGCACCGAGACCAGCUCGGCCGUCUUCACCCGGGCCCUGGACCACAGCCUGCUGGUGAUGGCCGACCUGUGCAGCAAGAACGCCACCACUAGCGCCGCCAACGUCGCAACCGGGCCUGCCACUGCCUCGCCGGCUAGAUCCGCCAAGCUCAGCAAGGCAGCCCCCAGGGGGACACCCACUAAAGGAAAGUAAGCCAUAGCUACAGAGGCCUUAAAGUGAAACCGAGGGGGAGAUAUGUGGUGAUGGUGGUUGUACCCCUACAAAACAUGAUAUAUGUGUGUACGUAUUAUUGAAACGUCUCCGAAAUAUUUAUGAUGAUGUACUACUGUAUGCCAUGGAAAAGUAUUUUAUGGCAUAUACAGUAUAUACAUCAAAACAGCAAUGUUUUGCAUAUUUACAGUUACUCAACUGUACAGAUAAUAGUCAAUAUAUAUGCUUAGACAGUAUAUGUCCAUAAGUAUAAUAUUGUAUAAUGAAUGGAUUGUGGCCGCUGUUAUGGAGCACAGUUGGGCAACACCAUCUCACAAGAUGUCUCCCUCUGUCUCACUUCCUGUUACACAGAUGCUUAUUUGAGAAAAGCACUGCAUAAAGAAACUAAAAAGAAUUGAAUUUACUGCAAAAUCAUUACAUUAUAGAGAAAAAUAUACUAUAUAUACAGUAUAGUAUAGUAAGUAUAGUAAAUAUAUGUAGCACUGUAUGUACAUAGAGUAUGUAACUGUAAUCGUCUUUAAUCAUGAGAGUUGUGUUUUUUUUAAUUGGCAUUGCUGCAAAUGAUUAGUUUGGCCCAUCAAAACAACACCAUGCUA